CGCACACGUGGUGUUGGUGCGCCGCAACUUUUGACAGUUGGCGGGAAUUUAAUGUAAUCAAGCGUUUUUGAAAACUGCGUACAGUAAUGGCGUACGAUGAAAGUAUUGUGUUCCGAAGUGGAGUUGCGGAGGAUAAAGGGCCUAUAGCUGUGGCAACUGACGACUUCGCAUUGGUGAAGGCCUAUGAAGAAGCCCUCAUAACAUUUCGGUGGCAGGUGGGGUCCCACUGCCAAGCUGUCUGGUCAGUGGAUGGCCUGGUGUACCCUGCCACUGUAGUCUGGGUAGAGGGGGAGUGCUGCAAGGUGAAGUUUGACAACUACGGAAAUGAGGAAGAGAUGGACCUGAGUGCCCUUUUACCUGAUGCUGCUAACCAGCCCAAACAGGAGAUACUGAGCUGUAAGGAUGAAACCGACAGUGAUGAGAAGGUUGGAAACAAUCCCCCUAAACCAAGAGAAUCAAUACUCCCGAAAUCCUGUGUGCUGUGUAAGGGACUGAUUGACCCAAAGGUGUGGAUGCUAGGUUCUCGGUGCCGUGCUGUGUACUCCGAGGAUGGCCUGGUCUACCCAGCAGUACUGGUGUGGAUGAGAGGCGACCGCUGCCGGGUGAAGUUCGACGGCUACGGGAAUGAGGAGGAGCUGGACCUGAGCACCCUUCUGUCCCCAGUUGAUGCGGGAGGCCAUAGUGAUGUGAAGGGGCUCGGACCUUCUAGGAAAAACUGGGCGGAUUAUGAGAAGACUGAUCAAGAGUGGAAGUCCUCUCAACUCGGGCAACGAGAAGAGCUGCUCUCACCUCAGCCAACUACGUUUCCUUCAGGUAAAGAAUGUGGCAAGAGCAGCUACAGUCUGGACAGGAACCAAUUGGAUAAACCAAGUAGUCCUAAAGGGCAAACAGCUAGCGGGAGAGCGGAUCCAAAUCUUCACUUUUCGUUCUAUCCUCCUGUGCCACCGCCCAAAGGAUUUUUGGACUUCCUGCCUCCCAUCCCUCCUCCCCCACCUCCUUCGACGUGUGUGCGGCCCCCUCAACCAGGGCAUGUGGAGCCUGGCAAUGGGCUGGACUCAGUCAUGACAGACUUAUCCACUAUGCUCCUCUCCUGGUACCUGUGUGGUUACCACACUGGCUGCUACACGGCAGUGCAACAGAUGAAUGCAAGUCUUAGCAGUGAUGGCAAAAAGAAACAGGCCAAAUAAUAAGGUUGGUACAAGACCCAUGUGUCUGGCAGAACAGUUGUCCUCCUGAAAUCAAGAGUUAAAAAAUACCAGUGUUCCACAGACUGAAUCUUGCCUUAUACAGAGUUAAUACAGUUAGACUCCUCUGUAAUGUGUCACACAUUAUUGAAAAAUGUGUUGUUACCAGAAGAUAUGUACAUCAGCAUUUUAGGUUAUGGUGACCCUAGGUCAUUGUGGUAUAAACUUAACUUUUUUAUUAAACUUUUUUUGGCACUUUUUAGUUUUUUCUUUACACUUUUGGAUAGUGUUUUCCAAUGUUUGCUUUUUGGGGAAUGAUACCCAUAAUCUUGAUACCCCAAUCCUUUUGGCAAAAAUGCUCAAGUUCAACUUUUCAAGAAGAGGUCACACUUCUACUUGCCUUCUAACUAAAUUGAGCUCACAGGUGCACAAGCUGCCACAAGGUAUCUCGACUUCAACUAGGCAAGGC